CCCUCAUCUCCCCUCGUUCGCCAAGGACUGCCCCGCCCGCUCCCCGACAGAACAACCCGUCAAUAUGCCCAUCACGGAUAUGUUUGGAUCUAUGGGUGCCGAGCAGGAGGACCCCAUCUGCGGCCAGUUCAGCCUCACCUACACACAGCGCAUGUGGGGCUUUGGCAUCUGUUUCGGCGGUGGCUUCAUCCUGAGUUUCUUUGCAUCCUUCCUGCUCUGGACUGGCGGAUUCACCGCCUUUGCUGUUCUGUACACGCUCGGCAAUAUCAUUUCCCUGGUCGGAACGGGCUUCCUGGUCGGCUUUGCUCGCCAGUUCAAGCAAAUGUUUGAUCCCGUUCGCCUGACGACAUCUAUCGUCUUCAUCGCCACCAUGGUCUUCACCUUGGUCGCUGCUCUGGUGUUGCAUAGCUUCAUCCUGACCCUGGUUUCGUUCAUCGUCCAAUUCCUGGCGCUCUUCUGGUACUGCGCAAGCUACAUUCCCUUCCUCCGAGAUAUCAUCAAGCGUACGCUGGGCGCUCAGUUCACCUCCUCGGCCUGAUCCAGCAGCAGCCGCUGGGCAGAGCGGGGCAAGGCUGCGUCCUUCGCCAGGGAUUCCUCGCGCGCUGGCGACUUGUGGUUGGCCUCUCAAGGCUGCGCGAGCCUUUCUGUUCUUUGGUCCAAACAUUGAAUCGACAAGCGAUUAUGCCCUUGCGUUGCCGGACCAUAUUUGCAUCCGUCUGGGCGGUGAGGAGGGAUGUCUGGGCGGUCAACAGUUUCCCGAAACGAAGCCAGACCGGUUCACGAAAAGAAAUCAUUGGAUAAUCCGUCACACGAACACUGCCAUCGCUAUCCAUGCCAGGACGACGCGAAUGCUGCUCAACACGAGU